AAGGCUGCUGUGACAGUAUUAUUUAUUAGAAAGUUUGCUGCAAUUAAUUAUUAACUGAAAUCAAUGUCGAAAAGUUGAAAGUGUUUUAUAUAAAUCUACGACAAGAUGAAGUUGUGGUUAGUUAUAAUUCACAUUAUUUUGGUUGCAACAAAUAUAUGGGUCACGGCACAUUUUCAUGAUGAACUUCCCGAAGAUAAUGAAUUUGCAGAAUUUGAAGAUUUUGAAGAGUCAAAUAAUAAUCAAGAUUUUGAAGAAGAAGAUGUUUUAAUUGUUGAUGGUGAUAGUGAAUUUGAUCAUUUCCAAGAUGAAGAAGAAUUUGAAGGGUUAGAUGUAGCUGGUGGAAACACAGGGCCAAAGAAUGAUGAACCAUCUACUUUAACAAUUACAAAAAUACCACUUCAUUUGCGUGCAAGAUGGGACAGCUUUUACUUAGAAAUACUAAUGGUCAUUGGAUUAUUAGUAUAUUUCAUUAAUUAUAUAGCUGGACGUUCUAAAAAUGCCCAUAUGGCAGAAAUAUGGCUUAUGGAACAUAAGCAGUUUUUGCUAGAUAAUUUUUCCCUUGUUGGUGAUACAGGAAAAUCAAAUGAAGACACAUCUGAAAAUGGCUUAGUAAAAGAAAGUCAAUCUCAUUAUAGUUUGUAUUGUUCAGGGCGAGUUGGAUGUGAUUCUAUGUUAAUUGAAUUAAAAUUGAUUAAAAGGCAAGAUUUAGUUGCAGUAUUAGCGCAACUUGUACGGCCUCAAAAUGAUCAAGCCCACAUACGUGUAGAAUUAGCAAAAGAUGAAGCAGAUACUUUUGUAUUAGCAGUAGCUACAAAAAGGACUGCAAUGCAUUUAGUACGUGAUAUGGCUGAUAUUAGUGUUUAUUGUCCAGAAAAAAGACCAGGAGAAAAAUUUGGUCUUCCAUCAGGUUUUUACGUAAUGUCUGAAAUUGCUGAAGCAGCAUUAGCUAUUUUAGAUACAAAAGUUUUACAAGCAUUUUCAAAGUUUGCACCAUAUAUAGAUUAUAUACACAUUAGUGAUCAGUUUAGUGGUCCAAAACAACAAGAAGAUACAACUCAAUUAACAAUGCCUGAAGUAAAGAGAGUUUUACUUGUUGGAUUAAAUAUAAGUCUUAAAGGACGCAUUACUAAUGCAGAGGGUCAAGAAAAAUUAAAGCUUCUUCUGCAAUUAACCUUUUACUUGCUAGAUAAACUGCGACGUUUUAAAUUAUCUAAAGAGGGUAAAACUAAAGCAGAUAAAAAUAGAUUAAGAGUGGAAGAAGCAUUCUUAAAAACAACUCAUGCAGCUAGAGCUGAAGCAGCUGCACAAAGAAGAGAAGAACGUCGUAGAGCUGAAAAAGAACGUAUAUUACAAGAAGAAGACCCUGAUAAACAACGAAAGUGGGAAGAAAAAGAACAACGAAGACUUGCUAAGAAACGUGCACCUAGAAUGAAGCAGCUUAAGGUGAAAGCAUUAUGACCAAACUAAAAUUAAUUAUAGAGAACUUGUUGAACCUUCUAAAGAGCCAUAAAUUGCUCGAUUGAACUGCCCACGUAAUUUGGUUUACAUAGUAAAGCUAUAUUUUAAUUAUCUUUACACAUCUU